UGCUCCUAGCGCGCCAGUCCCGGGGCUGCAGGGAGCGCAGCACGCGCAGCCCGGGCCCCGGCCACCGGACGCCCUACCGGACACAACCCUCCCUGGAGCUUGGACAACUGCCCACCUCGGACACUGCACCGGACACUGCCCCCCACAGGGCUGGACACUACAACGGACAUUACUUCUCAGCUCCGGACAUUGCUCCCUCCUCCCCCCACUCCCGCCCCUGGCCCUGGACGCUUUCCCCCCUCCCCCUCCGGGGGCCCAGAGACUGACCCCCCCACUCUAGCUCGCAACCCCUUGCACCCCAGCUCCAGACACUGCCUCCUCCCUGUCCCCCUCUUCUUCUUCCUCCUCCCACUUCAUCUUUCCUCGGCUCGGGUCGGAGCCCUGCCAGUUUCUUCGACCCCCUGCAGCUCGGCCCCGGCUGCCUGCGCCCCAUCCCCCGAUUCCUCGCCCGGAUGCCUCUCCCCGGGGGAUUGUGGUGGCUCCUCUGCUGCCGUCGAGGCUUCACUCUUCUGCACCGGGACUACGGGGACGGCGAGCUUAGCGGGGACGGGGACGAGGACGAGGACGAGGAGACCUUUGAGCUACGGACCCCGAGUCCAGCGGGCGGCGGGAGGGGCACCCUGGACGUGACACUGACUCAGCCAGUGAGGAGUGGGCAGGUCUGCGACAGGUUGCAGAGCUGGGAAGAGACCCGGAGCCUCAUUCCUGAGAGGGGGCUGCCAGAGGACGACCCAGACAUCGUGGUGAAAGGUUGGUUGUAUCGAGAGCCUCGAGGAGGAGGGGCAAGGCCCUGGUUGCCCCCACGCCGGGCUUGGUUUGUGCUCACUCGAGACUCCCUGGACCAGUUCACCAGCAGCGGAAAGGGGGCUCGGCGCCUGGGGAGCCUUGUGCUUACCAGCCUGUGCUCGGUGACUGGGCCCGAGCGCAGGCCCAAAGAAACCGGUUUGUGGUCAGUGACCGUGUCUGGCCGGAAGCACAGCAUCCGGCUCUGUUCACCCCGCCAGGCUGAGGCUGAAUACUGGGGUGUGGCGCUGCGUGAAGUGAUCGCUUCCAAGGCACCCCUGGAGACCCCCACCCAGCUGCUGCUCAGGGACAUUCAGGAGAGCUGUGGGGACCCAGAGGCUGUGGCCCUCAUUUACCGGCGGAACCCCAUCCUGAGACACACCAGCGGGGCCUUGUAUGCCCCACUGCUGCCCCUGCCCUAUGGAGUCAGUGCCCCAGGUCCAGGCUACGCGCCCUUGCGGGAAGAGGCAGUGCGGCUGUUCCUGGCGCUGCAGGCUCUGGAGGGGGCACGGCGCCCCGGGCCCCUGAUGCAGGGUGUGCUCCAGACCUGCCGGGACCUGCCCGCGCUCCGGGAUGAACUCUUCCUGCAGCUGGCUAAGCAGACUUCGGGGCCCGCGGGGCCCCCCGGGCCCCCGGCUACCAGAGACCCCGCCACUCUGCGGUACUGGCAACUCCUCACCUGCAUGAGCUGCACCUUCCGACCUGGGGGAGCUGUUCGGGGGCAUCUCCUGGGGCAUCUGGAGAGGACAGAACAGGCGCUCCCGGAUUCGGAACUGGCAGAAUAUGCUCGCUUCAUUCGCAAAGCGCUGGGCCGCACGCGCGGCCGGGAGUUGGUGCCGUCGCUCGCGGAGAUUUCUGCACUCAGCCAGAGGCAGGAGUUGUUGUGCACCGUGCACUGCCCCGGGGCUGGUGCCUGUCCGGUGGCCAUUGACUCCCACACCACAGCGGGGGAGGUUGCUCGAGAGCUGGUGGGGCGGCUGGGCUUGGCCCGGAGCCGAAACGCUUUCGCGUUGUACGAGCAGCGAGGCGCCCAGGAGCGAGCCCUGGCUGGGGGUACUCUCGUGGCCGACGUGCUCACCAGGUUUGAGAAUUUGGCCGCGGAAGAAGUCGGGCUGGAGGACUCACCCGACUCCGGUUGGAGACUGUGUCUGCGUCUCCAUGGACCUCUGCACCCUGAAGGGCUGACUCCAGACGGUCACGAACUGCCUUUCCUGUUUGAGCAGGUGUGGACCAGCGGCAUUCGUGACCCCCCAAAGGCCCCAGAGUCUGAACCCUUCCCUCUCCCCAUCUUAUUUAUUUGUGUGGCCACCGGGCGGGAGACUUUACUCGAACUCAGACCUCAGACUCCACACCCCGAGGUGCUUUCGCGACGGUCCCGCCGCCGGCCCGGACGCACCGCUGGCAGCGUGGUCCGCGAGGCAGGAGGUGGCGCCGGCACCGCUGCUGCCGUGCUGGGCGGCUGGAAAAGGCUACGCGGCAUGGGCCGAGCCGAGGCCAUGGCUGCCUAUCUGGCUCUCGCGGCGCAGUGUCCAGGGUUCGGCGCUGCUCGGUAUGACGUUCUGGAGCUGAGCACGGAGCAUGGUGGGGGCGCUCCACAGAAGCUAUGCCUGGGCCUGGGAGCCAAGGCCAUGUCCCUCUCCAGACCCGGUGAGACAGAGCCCAUCCACAGUGUCAACUAUGGCCAUGUGGCCGCCUGCCAGCUAAUGGGCCCUCACACCCUGGAACUGAGGGUGGGAGAGAGCCAGCUCCUCCUGCAGAGUCCCCAGGUGGAAGAGAUCAUGCAGCUGGUGAAUGCCUACUUGGCCAACCUCUCUCCUGAGAGGCCUCGCAGCAGCUCUUCUCCAUGCCAAGACCUGCCAGACACCUCCCCUCCCAGCCAGCAUUCGGGCCUGGACGAGCCCCAGGGACAGUCUGGCUGCUUGGAGCAGCUGCAGGACUGAGCCUGCCAAGAGGUCACGACCUCCCUCCUGCCUCCAGCCUGGACCCAAACUGCUCUGAGAUUUGAGGGAACUAUGGACUCUUUUGGCCCUGCAGGGACAGGGCACACCCCAUACCCAAGGCCUGCAAUGGAUGCAGACAGUUUUCUAGCUUGUUUCUUAAUUUAUUUGUAGAAGAGAAGCAAAAAAAUCCUUAUUUACACAAA